AGGUGUACUACAUGCUAGGAAAAGUUAGAAAGAAGAGAGUCACGAUGGGGAGGCUGGUCUUUUUACUUCACUUAUGUGCCUGGACUUUUGGUUUCGGAAAUGCGUGCAAUUAUUCUAACACCACCCCAGAUUUUGGAGCUCUCUACCACGUCAAAGGAAUCAUCCAUCUCCCUUACGCUGAAAUCGAAGAGCCGUUCGAAGCCUGGUAUAACCUAACUGGGAACAAGAGUCGCAUUGAAUAUUAUAAUGGCCAGGUGGUGACACUGCAGCUUGGAUGUUUAGAGCCCUAUGGUGCCUUGUUCAAGAUUACACCAGCAACCACAGAAAAGGUGGUCAAUAUUCAGAAGUGCUUCCUGAUAAAUGGCACCAAAGAAAGUCAAGUGAAGCCACAAGGGGUCUUUCCCAGCAUGAAAGAUUUCAAGUUUGUAAGAGAAGAAUACUACAAAAACAUAUACACCGCCGUUUGGCAGAGCACAACCCACUGGGGCAACAAGAAGAAUAUUUAUACGAUGUGGGUGACCAAUGCCAGCUGUGGAGUCACCCCAGUACAUUACGAGAUGAAAGGUUACAACAACUUGCUGGGAUCCCACUACGACAAGUAUGAAAUUGAUUACAGCGACUUCUCCAAUAGCUUCCCAGCUUCCAUCUUUGUCCUGAAAUCAAAUGAAACACAAUUGUGUGAUGAGCUGCCAGGAGAUUCCACUGAGCACCACAUCAUGGCCAACCCCAUGGCUGAUUUUGUUGGUGGACAGGAGGAUCGUGCCCACAGCCUGUUCCACCAUUACAGAAAACGCUUUGGAAAGAGCUAUGACACUGAGCAGGAGAUGGACCAUCGGAAGCACACCUUCACCCACAACAUGAGGUUCGUCCAUUCCAAGAAUCGAGCCAACCUUCCAUUUAAGCUGGCCCUGAAUCACUUGGCAGAUCUCACCCUGGAAGAGAUGGCUGUGAUGAGGGGGAAGCUCAAGAGCACGACACCCAACAAGGGGCUGCCCUUUCCUGAGGAGAUUUACACAGGCCUCAUCCUGCCAGAAAGUUUGGACUGGAGACUCUAUGGGGCAGUGACUCCUGUCAAAGACCAGGCUGUGUGUGGUUCCUGCUGGAGCUUUUCUAGUACGGGAUCCCUUGAAGGAGCUCUCUUCCUUAAGACUGGCAACCUCAUCCCUUUGUCUCAACAAAUUCUCAUCGACUGCUCCUGGGGUUUUGGAAAUUAUGCUUGUGAUGGUGGUGAGGAGUGGCAAGCAUUUGAAUGGAUCCUGAAACAUGGCGGCAUUGCCACCACCGAGUCAUAUGGGCCCUACAAAGGACAAAAUGGCUACUGUCACAGCAACGAGACUCACCUCGUUGGCAAGCUCUCAAGUUACGUCAAUGUCACUUCUGGGAAUGCCACUGCUCUGAAGGCUGCCAUUUACAAGCACGGUCCUGUCUCUGUCAGCAUUGAUGCCGCCCACAGGACUUUCUCUUUCUAUUCUAAUGGGGUCUACUAUGAGCCCAAAUGCAAAAACAAGAGGGGCGAGCUAGAUCAUGCUGUCCUGGCUGUUGGUUAUGGUGUCCUUCAAGGAGAGCUUUAUUGGCUCAUCAAGAACUCUUGGUCUACAUACUGGGGCAAUGACGGUUACAUCCUCAUGUCCAUGAAAGACAACAACUGUGGUGUUACUACUGACGCUGUUUUCCCAAUUAUGUCUUAAUGGGAGCACAACUUGGCUGAUUCCUUCAAUCAAUUUCAAAGAAAAUGCAAAUCCAGUCCUUUCUUUCUUCUUUUAUUGAAGCAGGACCAUCUUCUUCUUAUCUCCUAAACUUAAUCUUAAAUCAUAAAACUGAAAGAAACUCAAGAGAUACAUGUCAAUAAAAAUUCUCGGUCAUGCAGAUAGAGUUGUCUGGAAGUUGAGUCAUGGCAAAGGGACUCCUUUUCUUUUUGGUUUGAAACUUGUUACUGCUUUUCCAAGUAGCUUCAUUAGCCUGAGCAAGUUGGUUAGGGGGAUCCUCUAAUUAAGCAUAUAUACAGUUCCCCUAACCAACUUGCUCAGACUGAAGAAGCUACUUGGAAAAGCAGUGAAGAGUUUCAAACCAAAAAGAAAAGGGAGUCCCAUUGCCAUGACUUAUCUUCCAGUCAAGAGGUACAUAUUUUUUAGAACAACUGAGUUGCUACCGUUGAUGAGUUUUUCAAGAACACAGGCCAUUUCGCAAAGGAUGUUUUGCCUUGAAAAGCUGGGAAGGGCUGCCCCAAAUAAACAAAAUGGCCACAUCCGUUCUCCUUGGCAGCACCCAACUAAAAUGUAAGCAGGAUUUCGGCUCUGUUUUCCAAUAGUUUAGACAUCUCCAAAUCUUCCUCAAGCUUUCUCCCAAAAAUAUGAAGAAGGAAAAUUCAUUGUGGAUUCUACAUUUAUAGGUAAAGACUUCCUCCAGUCAAUUUCAUCUUGAUUGAACAUGGAUGAUUCCAGGUUGUUUCCUUAGCGAUGGUGUAUAUAGGGAGUUCCCAUUUACUUCUUCCAGCUAGCCUACAUCCUUGGAUAUCCUUGAAUCUGCAAGUAAUACCAGGUCUGCCUACUGACUAACUAACUAACUGGCUAACAGGUCUAUUGUCGAGAUCAAUUACUGACAGAGAAAUGCUACCAUUUUUUUAGCCUAUCAGUUUUUUAUGGCAUAGCCUAAAGUCCCUAAACUGCAUUUAUUCCUCAAAGCUUUAGGCCUGCAGAAUUCUCUAAAAAUUGCUGCUAAAUUGUAAUUUUGAGCAGAAGGGGGAAAUAAAAUAUGGAAAUAAAAGGUUAUUACUAUAAUUGAA